ACAGUCUUCGCCAGCCCCUGCAGCUGCGGGCUGCGAGGUGGACGCGCGGUGAUGGCGUCAUCCGGUGACGUCACCUGCCGGGGCCGCUCAGGCGGUUUCCCUGGCGACCGGUGCGCGCCCGGCGCGGAGCUGAAGAGAUGCUGCCACGGCGGCCGCGAGACCCUCUGCAGUCCCUGCGGCGUCGGGGCCGCGAGCUGAAGCUGCAGGUUGAUAGUUUGCUUUCUGAGAGUCAAUUGAAAGGAACUCUAGAAACCAGUAAAAGGCGAGAUAUUUACCAAAGGUGUAUCCAAUUAAAACAGGCAAUCGACGAAAAUAAAAAUGCUCUUCAAAAAUUAAGCAAAGCUGAUGAACCCGCACCUGUUGGAAACUAUCAUCAGAAAAAGGAGGAGGAGCUCAGUCUCUUGGACAACCUGACCCACCAACUGCAGGAACUUGCCGUGUCCAUAAGUAGAGAAAGUAGAACUGAAAUUGAGGCACUUACCGAAAGAGAGGAAGAUAAUGAUUUUGCUGAAGAAGAUGAAGACGACAACGAUGAUGACAAAGAAGAAAGUGAAGAAAGUAGUGGGGAGGAAGAAGAAACAGAAGAGGAAGAGGAAGAGGAAGAGGAACAGGAAAAUGAAUCUCAGCGGCAGGCAACAGAUGAAGAAUGCAUUGCUGUUGGAGAUUUUAUUGCUCAGCAGGCUGGGGACCUUACAUUUAAGGCAGGGGAAAUUCUCCUUAUAAUUGAAAAACACCCUGAUGGUUGGUGGAUGGCUAAAAAUGCCAACGGAAACAAAGGUCUCGUUCCCAGAACCUACCUGGAGCCCCAUCAUCCAGAAGAGGGCCACGAGUCAUGUGAAGAAGGCAGUGAAGGCGAUGUGGAGGUGGCGGAAGAGCGAGCGGAGGGAGCGCAGGUUGAGCAUAGAACUGACUCUCACUGGAGUGCUGUCCAAAAAGCUCUCUCAGAGCAUCUUCAGCAGAUAAACACUGUUGAUGUGCUGACCACGAUGGGAGCCAUUCCUGCUGGGUUCAGGCCAUCCACGCUCUUCCAGCUGCUGGAGGAAGGGAAUCAAUUUCGAGCAAGUUACUUCUUACAGCCAGAGCUCACUCCUUCACAGCUGGCCUUCAGGGAUCUCCUGUGGGAUGCUAAGACAGGCACUAUUAGGUCAAGGGCAAGUCGUGUUUCCUUGAUCCUGACGCUCUGGAGCUGUAAAAUGAUUCCUGUGCCGGGAGUGAGCAUCCAGCUCCUCAGCAGACACGUGUGCCUCUGUCUGUUUGACGGCAGUAAGGUUCUGAGCAACAUUCAUACAGUCAGAGCCACAUGGCAGCCUAAAAAGCCCAAAACAUGGACCUUUUCUCCCCAGGUUACUGGGACCUUGCCGUGCUUGCUUGAUGGUGAUUGUUUUAUCAGGUCCAAUUCUGCAUCUCCCGAUCUUGGAAUAUUAUUUGAACUUGGAAUUUCUUAUAUUCGUAAUUCAACUGGUGAAAGAGGAGAACUAAGCUGUGGCUGGGUGUUUCUUAAACUUUUUGAUGCCAAUGGAAUUCCUAUUCCAGCAAAGACUUAUGAGCUCCUCCUGAACGGUGGCACCCCUUAUGAAAAAGGUGUGGAAGUGGACCCUUCCGUCUCCAGAAGAGCACAAGGGAGUGUUUUCCAUCAGAUGAUGAUGAUGAGGAGGCAGCCACAGCUUCUAGUAAAACUGAGGUCUUUGAACAGAAGAUCAAGAGACCUACUAAGUUUACUGCCGGAAACAUUAAUUGGAAGCAUGUCCUACAUUCAUUUGUUGAUAUUUUAUCGCCAAAUUCUUGGAGAUGUACUCCUAAAAGACAGGUUGAGCAUGCAAAGUGCUGAUUUAAUCAGUAAUCCUGUAUUGGCCACCUUCCCCAAGCUCUUGGAGCAGCCUGACGUGAUGGAUGCGCUCAGGAGUUCAUGGGCUGAGAAAGAAAGUACAUUAAAAAGAUCGGAGAAGAGAGACACAGAGUUCCUGAAGGCUGCGUUUCUCCUAGUUUACCACGACUGCGCGGUGCCCCUCCUCCACUCCACACUCCUGCCCCCGUCCAGGUGGGCAGAAGAAGAGGCCGAGGCCGCGCGGUGGAAAGUCAUCGCGGACUUCCUGAAGCAAAACCGAGACAACCAGGGCGCCCUCCCAGCUCUGCUGUCACCAGAGGGUGUCCAUGAGCCUUUCGACAUUUCAGAGCAGACCUACGACUUCCUGGGUGAGAUGAGACAGAAAGCAGCCUGACUGGUGGCCCGCGGCCCUCCGGGCCCACCGUGCUGCCCACCAUAAAGUGCAGCCAGAAGUAACCGUCCCGUCGAACUUAGCUUUACUCGUCCUUGUGUGGACCACAUUCUGUAAGAAAUACCCAUCUGGUCAUGUGAAUCUUUUAAUAAAUAAGUUUUUAUAAGGA